AUGAAAUUGUUACGGAAGAAUGGUUAUGUAGAAGGGGGAUUGGGUAAGAAUGGGCAGGGGAUUAUGGCUCCCAUUGAGGUUAAGUUGCGGCCUAGGAAUGCAGGAAUGGGUUUUAAUGCCUGCGAAGAGACCACCAAGCCGGCAUUGAAGCUGAAAGAAGAAGAGAGUACAGUCCCACCUCCACCCGCUGUGAAACCUUGGUCCAGGAAAGCUAGAGUUGAGGUUGUUUACCUUACACCUGAAGAAUUCUUGCAAGAGAUUAAAGCGCGGAACUUCGUUUUGGGGCAGAGUUUUCGUGCAGUGUGGUGGGGGCCUCGGGUUCAUGUCAGGCGCCCCGCCUUGCAAGAUAUGAAUGCGGAGGAUGUAACGAUAGAGAAUGACGAUAUCCCGACGCCUGAGCUUCAGCACAACAUUAAACAGAUUGUUUAUUUGGUUGAAGAUGACCUCAUGAAAAUUGAAUGGCAGUUGUCAAAUGAGAGGAAGACUAUCGAGGAGGAGAAUUAUUUGGAAACAACGUUGGAGUCUCUUGAGAAGUCGAUUUUAGAUGCGCAGAAAAGAUAUGGAUAUGAUUAUAAGCUCCGUAAGUUGCCAUUCAUUGCUUGUGCAUAUGCUCUUCCCUUAUUGAUUAGAGAAUUUGAAGGGUGGAAUCCCCUAGAGAACCCUGAACACGGGGAAGAGAUAAUGUCUCGGUGGGAAUCCCUCCUGCAACUAGACUCUACAUCUGUAUACACUCAGCUGAUUAUGGAACUUGUGUUCCCGGCUGAAAAGAUUUCUGGAAUGAACACUUGGCAGGCGCGAGAUCCUGAGCCAAUGCUUCGGUUUCUUGAAUCUUGGGAGAAACUUCUGCCAUCUGCAGUCCUUGAGAGAAUUUUAGACAGCAUUGUCAUGCCGAAGAUAUCUGCCGCUGUGAAUUCAUGGGAUCCCGUUCAGGAAACAAUACCAAUCCAUUUAUGGAUUCAUCCAUGGCUGCCACUUUUAGGGAACAAGCUGGAGCCAUGCUACCAGACAAUCCGUGAUAAAAAAUGGUAUGAAGUCUUGGAUCAAUGGCUGAAUUUAAAGCCAAAGAUUGAAGAAAUUAGGAAAUGGAACUUCAAUUGGAUGGUUCUUCCUCCUGAACUCUUAGCCAACGUACACAUUCGCUCUAGAAUUCGUCAUGGCAUCAUCAUGAUGAACCAAGCUGUUCAAGGCAUAGAAGCUACACAACUCGGGUUGGCAGAGACCUUAUCAUACCUUAAGAAAUUUGAGAAAAGACAGUUAGAAAAGGCAGAUUCUCAUCAGGCGCAUCCACAGGUUCCUGUUGGUCUAGGAGAUGAUGGUGAUGAAGAAGAUGGUGGAUUGGAAAUGAGCUUGAAGGAAGUUAUCGAAGCGCAUGCACAACUGAAUGGUUUGCUGUUAAUGCCUAAACCAGGCAGAAUGCGAGAUGGUCAUCAAAUAUAUAAGUAUGGCCAUGUUAACAUUGUCAUUGAUUCCCUUGAGGAAAAAGUGUUUGCCCAGAUGGAGGAUGGAAGGUGGGCGUUGACAUCUCUGGAGCUGUUGUUGGAUUUGCAUGAUUUGAGAGACGUGGAGCCUCCUAGAGUUUGUUUUUUCUCUUCGAUGUACAACAUUUUUCUGUCCAACUCUGAGCAAGAAAGAUGGACAUUUUCCCCAUGUUGA